UCGCAAUGCAUUCUGGGUCGGUUACGAAAUUUCAAGAUGGCGGGCAUAAGAUGGAGUUUAUGCACUGCCAGCCUUCGUUCUGUUAUUCGCUCUCCGGCCCGGGCCAAAGCUACGAGAACCAUAGCGACUUCAACACCGCCUAGUUUUAUUUUUAAACGAAUGACAGGUUCACCGUCUCUUUCCGUGGAAAGGGCAACGGACGCUCAUUCAAAGGUUUUGACCGAGAGAGAAACACUCUACGAGCUGGAUGUCCAGCACAUUAAACCAGAAUGUAUAGAGGACUUCAUAGCUCUUGUGAGUGAAACCCUCCCUAGGAUUCAUAAUGACCCGGACUUCCCAGGCAAACUAGUUGGAAGCUGGACGACCAUGUUUGGACAACUGGACAGAGCAAUUCACCUGUGGCAGUUUCAUGGGGGAUAUAAUUCAGUUGUUAAUGCCAAGCAGUACAUCAGAGAAAAUCCGGAAUAUCUGCGGUUUGCAAGAGAGCGCCGUCACAUGAUGUACAGCAGAGAAAACCAGUUGCUCCAUGAGUUCCACUUCUGGGGUGAACCUGUUCCACGCACAGAGCCACACAUUUAUGAACUACGCACUUACCACCUCAAGCCUGGAACCCUUAUAGAAUGGGGAAACAACUGGGGCCGUGCCAUUAAACUUCGCCAAGAGGAAGAUGAGGCAGUUGGCGGAUUCUUUUCACAAAUUGGGGAAUUGUACAUGGUGCACCAUAUAUGGGCUUACAAGGAUCUUGUGAAGCGCAAAGAGAUUCGCCAAAACCUUUGGAACAAUCCUGGGUGGGAUGACUGCGUUGGUAACACUGUGCCUCUGAUUCGCCGCAUGGAAUCUUGGGUAAUGGUUCCUCUACCCUACUCACCUUCCAAGUGAUUCCCUAAGAGCAUCAUGGGAAUUCUGUAUAUAGUUCAGAGCUUAGCUUCUAGCUAAGAUCACACGAUAAACCAGUGAAAGACGGGAAAUGAAUGAUGUUUAUUGUGAGAAAGGUCUCACCAAUUAUUAUACUAUCAAUACCGAACUAUCAGUAGAUGCUCACAGUGACAAUCGCAUGUUAUGGCUUAGCUAUCUAACAACAACAUCUAACUUGCUCACACAUACUUCUGCCAUAGUUUAGUUAUGCAUAUUUCUUUAGGGGUGUUUUAUUGUUUGGCUGAUUUGGGAAACACACGCUUAUAACACUUCAUUUACUCCCUUGUUUAGCGGAUUGUUGCGCAUUUUACACCGAUAAACUACUCUUAUGAUUCUUAUGUCCAUUUUUAAAAUGAACCUUGCAAAAAGGCAAAGUCGAUUCUUCGGUGUUUUAGUCCGGUUACGACCGUGCAUUCUGCAGGUGUUAGAUGAUAGCAGUGUCUAUUUGUGUAGAUGAAAGCAGUGUCUAUUUGUGCAUCUAUUCUGACCCGAAAAAAAAACAUUAAGAGUUGCCCAGAGAGACUGAUUGUAAUGUUUUUUUUAUUAAAAAUAUAACGUA